UCUGCGCUGUCUCCCGGUGAUGCGCCGUGCAGCCCGGAGAUGCUGCUGCUGAUGCUGGUGACUGACUGCAGCAUCCGACAUGGGCAUCCUUUAAUCCACCCGGGUCACAAUAACCAUCUCUGUCACAAUGUGGGGAAAAAAUAAGAUGGUCUUCCACUGAGCCGGAACAAAAGACAGAGCGAUAACAGCAAAAGGAGGGACAGAGGCCAAAGCAAAAAUCUUCUUUUUCAUCUCUGCCUUCCAUCAUUUGGAUAAGGCAUAACUCUUCCUCCACAGUGCUCUACACCUCCAUUUGCACAGAGUAAAAGAAGAGACAGGAGAGAGACAGAAAGCUAGUAACUUCCCACUCUUCCUUGUGAACCUCUUCCCACUGACUCUGACCUUUGACCUUGGCGCUCAGUAUGAGCAGUCUGGUGGGGAAGCUGGACCCUCGCAGGGUACAGUGGGGGUCGGCAUGGAACACCUUUGCGUCCCGCGUCCUGAGGACCAAGCCCGUGGAGUCCAUGUUGGACUCUUCGACGUCGGGCACCGGCGCCCAUGGGACCAGACUGGCGCGGGUGCUGUCCACAGUGGACCUGGUGUCGCUAGGCGUGGGCAGCUGCGUUGGCACAGGGAUGUAUGUGGUGUCCGGCCUGGUUGCUAAGGAGAUGGCUGGACCGGGGGUCAUUGUGUCCUUCAUCAUUGCCGCCGUGGCCUCCAUACUGUCGGGAGUGUGUUAUGCCGAGUUCGGCGUGCGCGUGCCAAAGACGACUGGUUCGGCCUACACAUACAGCUACGUGACGGUCGGGGAGUGCGUGGCGUUUUUCAUCGGCUGGAAUUUAAUCCUGGAGUAUCUGAUUGGCACGGCCGCGGGGGCGUCGGCUCUCAGCAGCAUGGCCGACUCGCUGGCCAAUCACAGCAUCAGCAACUUCAUGAUUUCACACAUCGGAACGCUCAACGGCCUCGGUAAAGGGGAGCAGUCGUACCCGGACCUUCUGGCGUUGCUGAUAGCCAUACUGGUGACCGUGAUAGUUGCUUUGGGAGUGAAGAACUCUGUGGGUUUCAACAAUGCCCUGAACAUCAUCAACCUCAUGGUGUGGGUGUUCAUGAUGAUCGCCGGGCUGUUCUUCGUCAACGGAGAGAACUGGGACGAGGGGAGAUUCCUGCCCUUUGGUUGGUCAGGGGUGAUGCAGGGAGCAGCCACCUGUUUCUAUGCCUUCAUUGGAUUUGACAUCAUCGCAACGACAGGAGAGGAGGCCAAGAGUCCCAACACCUCCAUCCCCUACGCCAUCACUGCCUCCCUCAUCACCUGCCUCACUGCCUACGUGUCUGUUUCUGUGAUCCUGACUCUCAUGGUGCCAUACAGUGAGAUCGAUGCAGACGCCCCGCUGAUGGAGAUGUUUGCCGUGCACGGCUGCAUGUUUGCUAAGUACAUUGUGGCGGUGGGCUCCAUAGCCGGGCUCACGGUCUCUCUGCUGGGCUCCCUGUUCCCCAUGCCCAGGGUCAUCUACGCCAUGGCCGGGGACGGGCUGCUGUUCAAGUUCCUGGCCAAUGUGUCGUCCUACACAGAGACGCCUGCGGUGGCCUGUGUGGUGUCGGGCUGUCUGGCUGCCCUGCUGUCCCUCCUGGUCAGCCUCAGAGACCUCAUAGAGAUGAUGUCAAUAGGCACCCUGCUGGCCUACACCCUGGUUAGUCUGUGUGUACUGCUCUUACGCUACCAACCUGAGGGCGACAUCCACGGCUUUGUGAACUUCCUGUCUGAGGAGCAGAACAACAAGAGGAAGGAAGGCGUUCUGGCCGAGUGCGAGAAAGAUGCCUGCUCACCAACCAGUGAAGCCGACGAGUAUGGAGGCCCGCCCACCAACACCUGCGGAGCCAAAAACCUGCCGUCUCUGGGCGACAACGAGAUGCUGAUUGGCAAACCGGAUAAAACCGCCUACACUGCCAGCCACCCAAACUACGGCACCGUGGACAUGACCACUGGCAUCGAAGCGGAGGAGUCAGAGAGCGGGAUGUCCCGGCGUCUGAAGAAGCUGAUUGGGCCGCGUUACUACACCCUGAGGAUCAGACUGGGUCUGCCAGGCAAGAUGGACCGGCCGACUCCAGCCACAGGGAAAACCGUCACUGUGUGUGUGCUACUCCUCUUCAUCCUCAUCUUCGCUUUCUGCUCCUUCAUCAUCUUUGGGGCGAGCAGUAUCGGUGAGGGUCACUGGUGGGCUUUGCUGCUUCUAAUCCUUUUCAUCAUCUUCAUCGCCCUGCUCAUCAUCAUCAUCAUCCAGCAGCCGGAGAACCCCAAGCGGCUCCCCUACAUGGCGCCUUGCGUGCCCUUUGUGCCCGCCUCUGCCAUGCUCGUCAACGUCUACCUCAUGCUCAAACUGUCUGCCAUCACCUGGAUUCGAUUCGCGAUCUGGUGCCUCGUCGGUGUUCUCAUCUACUUUGGCUACGGUAUGUGGAACAGCACGCUGGAGAUCACCGCCAGGGAGAACGAGGUCCACGCCUCCACCUACCAGCGCUACGACCAGGGCGUGGACGAAGGCUUCUGCGGCUUCGACGAUGAUUUCUACCCACCUAGCAAUGACCCUUGGGGGGCGCCGGAGGGGGGAUCGGGGCUUACCCCGCCUCCCGAGGGAAAGCCCGAAGGUGAUGGGACGGCACCGAAAGGCGGAGGCAGGACCGUUGCCAAUCACGGCCUAGCAGAGGAGGAUCCGAUGGAUUUCUGA